UAAAACCAGAGACGUCAAGAACAGAUGCAGUGACACAAUUUUGUAGAAAAGUAAUUUAACGAAAUCGGCAAGUUUAAAGAAAAAAUAUCUAUUAAAAAAGUACAGAAAAAUGGCUGACUUAAGCAUGGUGAAGAAGAUUAUAAUAUCUUUGAUGAAUCUCCAUCCAAACGGAGUGGCUGCCGACAAACUGGACAAACAAUACAAAUACCAAGAGGGCCAUUUGAUUCCCUUUGCUGACUACUCAUAUCUAAGUCUAUGUUCGUUUUUGCAAGAAGAACUUGGUAACAAUAUUAAAAUUGUACAAGAAGGAUUCGAAACUAUGUUAUAUCCAAUUGCAACGGCAAAUUCAGCACAUGUCAUGAAAUUGAUUUCGCACCAAAACAACCAAAAUACGAGAAGACCAACCCAAAGAAGAUACAAUACACCAUCAUCAAGUUUCCAAGAAAAUUCAACGACGUACAAUGGACACUGUUCAAAUCAAGCAGAAGAGUCGAAUUAUCAUCGAAGAACACAACCAAAUGGUUCACAAAAUCGCUCGCCAACAAUGCCGCGUUUGGUUGAAUAUCGACCAUUGAGAAACGGUCGAACAAACGAACAAUACAAUCAGAUGCUGCAAGAAAAAUUACUGCAGAGCGAAUAUGCGCAUCUAUCGCGAGAAAGUCAAAGUCAUUACAAUGAACAAACAUCAGACAGACGUUCAAUGUACAAACAUAAAGUGCAGCGGUUGGAUGAAUAUCGACCAUUCAGAAACAGUCGAACGAGCGAACAAUACAAUCAGAUGCUGCAAACAAAAUUACUGCAGAGCCAAGAUGCUCAUUUACCGCGAGGAAGUCAAAGUCAUUACAAUGAACAAACAUCGAGUGAUGCCUCAGCAUUUAAUGACAGACGUUCAAUGUACAACGAUAAAUUGCAGCGGUUGGUUGCAAAGGCACAUGACAGACAAGAACGAUCGACUGUCAAAAAUAACAUAUAUACCUGUGUACCGCAACCACACACAUCAGCAAUGUCAUUGAAUUACAAAUCAUUAUCGAAUAACCUUCCGACGAUGAGCUCAGCGCAAAAACCCUCAAACAGACCAAAAGAAGAGGUAGUUUGGGAUUCAUCAACUGAAAACAUUGGAAAAGAGAAUGAAUGGGAUGAUUAUGUGGAGAAAGCAAAACCACCGACGGUCAAUAAAGCCAGCUCUGACGAUUACUGCGGCGUAUCGGAUAUUGACAACUCGCCACCAUCGGAAACAUCCGAAGAAGUAAUGCGAAAGAAAAUGGCACAUUGUUGGUUUUCGGACAGCGAAGAAGAGGAUUACACUGAUAUAAAGAACAUUUCAAGUGAAAUCCACGCCGGUGACACGCUUCCUGUACGCAUCUCAGAUGUCAACAAUCCAUUGAAGUUCUGGGUUCACGUUCGAUUGCCCAAGUAUAAAGACGACAUUAAUAAUUUGUAUAAGGAAAUGGAUGAAUUUUACAAAUUGAAUCGCCAUUCGGAUGAGUACAAAGUAACCGAUCCAGACGAGCAAGGCAAACUGUAUUUUGCUGCUUACUACAAAGAUCAAUGGCAUCGUGUUGAGGCGAUCGAUGCGCAAAUGGGCGAAUCACAAAAAGUGUCAUUCAUUGAUCAUGGUACACGGGAUACCAUCAACAUAAGUGAUAUGCGACAAUUGCCGAAAAAGUUCUGGAAGUGUCCAAAAGCGGCUUUGUGCUGCGCAUUGGGCAAUAUCAAACCAAAAGGUAAAACAUUUGACAGCGCGAGUGCGAAAGCUCUUAUACAGAUGGUUGAUAAUGAAAAAAAGAUGUACGCAAAAGUCCUGGACGUAGAUUAUGCGAAAUUCAAGGCGACCAUUGAACUAGUUUUGGGUUCAGACAAAAGAUGUGUCAACGAUGAACUAGUGCAACUCGGCCAUGCUAUAAAGAAGACCAUUCGAGCAAAUGCGUAAGAUAAAAACCAAUGUGAAUACAAUAAGAAAUUGCGCGAUUAAAGAAAAAUCAUCAAAAAAUUAGAAUCUCAAACGAAACGAUAUACGAUUACAAAUCAAGCAUUAAGAUUCAUUAAUACGAGGCUAUGUUUUUUCGAUAAUAUUUCAUUUUUUACAAUGAAGAAUUUUAUUAGGAGUUUAACUCAAAGCCAUUUCGGUAGAAAUGUUAAAAAUAUACAAAAAAAAAAGACGAUGGAAAAAUAUUCUGAAAAAAUUUAAAUGAAGAAAAGGAUCAUUUCUUCCAAAUAAGUAAUCAGAAAUAAGAAACGAAUGACUUUUAUUGAAAUUUGAAUUAUUUGGGAAUCAAUAUAUUUUUGGAAAGCAGUUUUUUCAUCUCAUUUACCACUGGAAUACGUUAUUAUAUAGGAUAGAAUGUGCGAUAUCAGAUACAAUAUUAAUCGGUUAGAUCAAUAUAAUAAUCGGUCUAGUUCUGUAACUAGAGGGUUGGAUGUGUUGAAUAUUGCAUUGGAAUUGAAUAAGAAUAUACCAAUGAUUUUGAUCAGCUGAAUGCAUGAGUUCUCGCAGCAAAGUUCGGGAGAUUUAAUGUUUCAGUUUUCUUUCACCAAGUUUGCCUUUCAGAAUAAGCUAUGUAAGCAUUUGAAUUCAUAAAAUGAAUAUAUCGUGAUAUUUGUUACCAUUUGAAUUUUUGUUCGGGAUAUAAUGCCGCUGAAAAUAGCAACAAUUAUUUGACGAUGAUCGUGGGCAUUGCAUAAUUUUUAAGAAUAUCUUUCGCAAUUUUAAAAUGAAACAAAGUCCCAAUUGAAACGAUCAAUACCAUUUACCAACCGUUCAGGAAUACAUACAUUUAUGCUGUAGAUUGAAUGAUGCAUGCAUCAUUCAAUGUACAUCAUAUGCCGCAAACGCCAAAGCACGACGAUGACAAGCAACGUUGACAGUAGCGCCAUGGAGCGGUUGCCAGCGAAACAAAAAAAUGGCACACAUUUCGAUCGCCUCAAUCAAAAAUGGUACAAAUUUGUGCAACCCAACAUAAACAGUGGCAAUCAUAAUAAAGUUGCUGCGUUGCCCAGCUGUCAUUGUCGCGACCCUCUCUUACGUCCUAUAUUGACAAUGUAUUUGAAGGAGCGCCAUCUCUGAGUGCUCAUACAAAACAAUGAAGCUUGCAAACUUCGGAAAAUGCUCAUAUAUUUUUUUCUUGCAAUUUUAUUUGAAAAUUGUUUAAAUUAAAUAAGUUUUGCAAUAGUAGCAACGAAAAUAAUUAAUAGAAUUUAUUAUAGAUAAAAAAAUUGGAGCAACAACACACAAAUUUUUUUUUUGGAUGGAAUCGCAGAUUUGCGUUAAGAUUUUUUGAAGAAAAAAGAACUGGCAACAUUUUUAAUUUUUUAUUUGCAUAAUACUGAUAAUUAAUCUGAAAAAUAUUCUCUUCAUGUUGUUUGCGUUGUUUAUUUUGACAGAUACCAAUUGUUUGACAAUUGACAGAUAUACAAAAAUAAUAUUUUCUAAGCUGUGUAGAGUUUCUCACAACAUGAAAUUUUUUUGUUUUGUACGAGCAAUCAGAGAUGGCGCUCGCAAAUGGCGAUUCGCUUGAAAGUCUACUGUAAGAGAGGGUCGCAUUGUCGUCGUGCUUUGGCAAACGCAACGCAAGCACUGUCGUUUGCGUUCGGAUAUGGUACUGGACGGCAGCUCGCGCGUGUGUGAAAUAUGCAAUAUAAGAAAUAAUCAAUGUUAAAAUUCACCAAUGUUUUUUUUCUCUCAGUUUUCACUUCUCUCUUUCGCAUAACGACAGUGCUUGCGUUGCGUUUGCGGCAUGUGAUGUACAUUGAAUGAUGCAUGCAUCAUUCAAUCUACAGCAUAAAUGUAUGUAUUCCUGAACGGUUGCCAUUUACAUUAAAAAUGUUUAAUCAAAAAAUAAAAUUCUGCAUGCCAAAACACAAGGGGAAUGUCGCAAAGAACGUACUAGAAUUAGGUCGUAAUAAACGGUAAUGUAAACGUCAAAAAAUACGCUGUUCUGUUGACAGAAGCUGUUGUGUUCAACAUAGAAACAUUUCAAUUUUUUUGUGAAUCAUAAAAAAUACUGCAUAAACCAGUUUCAAAGCAUACACAGUAAAAAAUAUCAUCCCAUACUAUGCAAAAAUUAGCAUUAGCAAUCCUAUGAUCAGACCAUGGGGUAAACCACCAUUACAUCGUAAUUCAUAUAAUUCCAUCUAGUACAAAAAUAAUUCCAGAUAAUUCCAUAUAGUUCAAAUAGUAGUAGAAUAGUGCAGAUGACUUAAAUUAGAUGCUUACAGUGUGUCCAUAACAUAUAGAAAUAGCACUAAAUAGUGUCGAUAUCUAUACUAUAUCGGUCCACUAUAUAUGGAAGAUAUUUCCGCACGGCACCGUAUCGCACGAUCGAAGUGAGUGUAGCAUCUAAUUUAAGUCAUCUGCACUAUUCUACUACUAUUUGAACUAUAUGGAAUUAUCUGGGAUUAUUUUUGUACUAGAUGGAAUUAUAUGAAUUACGUUAUUGUAGUAGUAGUCCCCUUGGAUCGGACACAUUUUUGUCUUUUUUUUUGUUCCUCUUUGUGCGGAUAUUCGCCGAAUAGUAGAGAAUUAAACGUUAAAAAGGCGUAAUUGAAAACAAAUUGUUUUUUUUUUUUUCCAAACAACUGCAUAUUUCAAAUGUUUAAUUCUAGUACGUUCUUUGUGACAUUCCCCUUCAUCUACCCAAGCACUCAAGUGCUUUGUAUGCAAACAGAUGAAAAGGAUAGUAAAGAAUAAGACGCAUAGCAUGAAGUGUCUCGCUCUUUACUUUGUUGUCACUAUUGUCACAGCAUGUGGUCACUAUUUCUAUAAAAAUUAUUUUCUAAUAACAACAAAAUUUCGAACAAAAAUGUUAAAUAAAUGUAAAGAACACCAUGUUAACAGCUAAGCAUUUAUAUUCGAAAUAAACUUAGUCAAUAUUUGCCUGAAACA